GACUAUAAUAAUGGGCCGUGGCGCCUCUCCGACGUUCGCCAAAUCGUCACCCGUUUUUCCACAUCCCAAAUCCAUCACAACCCUAUUCUUCCUCUUUCUUCUUCUUCUUCUUCUUCUUCUUCCAUGGCUUACAAUUUUCAUAUUAUCCCACUUCUUACACUCAGUUUCUUGGCUGUUCUUACUCUUGCUCAGAGACCCUUUUUCCCAAGGGCCAUUGUUCUUCCAGUCGCCAAAGAUUUGCCCACUUCACAGUACCUAACUCGACUUCAAAUUGGCCAAAAUCUUCACCCUUUGAAACUGGUAGUGGAUCUGGGAGGCCCAUUUCUCUGGACCGAUCACACCUCUCCAUCUCUGGGUUCGGUUCUCUGUAAAUCUCUCAAGUGCUCCAUGGCUAAUUCCAGUGGAUGCACCAGUAACCAGAUCUGUCCCCUUCAACUUCUUAACCCUGUUUCGAAAACCCCCGGAUCUGGGUUUCUGAAAGAAGACUCCAUAGCUUUGGAGCUCAUAGAUGACCCAAAUGGAAGCUCUUUUCUUUCCCAUGUUCCCAAUUUUUUGUUCUCCUCUGUGCCAAGUUUCCUGCUCCAAGGCCUGGGUCGUGGCGUGGAUGGCGUUUUCGGCCUUGGGAAUUCGAGGAUUUCACUUCCCUCUCAGCUUGCAAGCACCUUUGGUCUUCCCAGAAAGUUUUCCAUCUGUUUGUCUUCUUCCAAAGGCUCAAUAUUCUCCGGCGACCUUCCUCCGUUUGGUGUUGCCAGAUCUAUGAUGUACACCCCUCUGAUUCUUCCCCGGAACAGUACAUCGCCGGAGUACCACAUCAAUGUAACAUCAAUCAGGAUUAACGGCGAGAGACAGGGCCUCAAGCAGGGAUCCUUGUCUGAUCAAGGGACGAAGAUCAGCACGAUUGUUCCUUACACGACCAUGAACACAGCGGUUUACCAGGCGUUUGUCGAGUCCUACAUCGGGCACGCGGCUUCCAAGGGAAUGACCCAGGUGGAUCCCGUGGCGCCAUUCGGCGUAUGCUUUAAGGAUGUAGCCGGUUGGGAUGCUCCGAGGGUGGAUCUUGUGUUGCAGAGUGAGAUGAUGAAAUGGAGGAUGAAUGGGGUGGUAAAGAUGGGUGGUGGGGUUGUGUGCUUGGGGUUCUUGGAUGGUGGGUCGGACCAGAUUGCCCCCAUUGUGAUUGGGGGCUACCAAUUGGAGGACAAUUUGCUGGAGUUCAAUCUGGGCACUUCAAUGCUCGGCUUCACUUCUCUAAUGCCGGAAACUAACUGUUCAUACUUUUCAAGAAUCUCCUGGAGCAGAGAUUAGUCUGUUUCAGUCUUCGAGGAGUGAAAUUUUCCUGCAGAGGGUCAGAACGCAUGAAUGAAGAAGAAGAAGACUCCAUUAUGCGUUAAUAUUAUUUUGUGUAUCUCCCCAAAUUUUCUAGUCUUGAUAUUUGUGUUUGUAUAGUUUGAUUUUUUGGAAAAGUUUUAAUUAUCAAUUGAGUCAAUCUUAAAUUGCAUUAA